UUUAUAUUAAACUGAUAUAUUCUAGCUGAUUAUGUGCAGUACUUUUGCAAGAAGAAAGAAGCUUGGUAAAGAUGGGAUCAAACAAGAACGGGCGUCUGGAAUCUGCACACUUGGCUGUUUUUAAGCGAUCAAAAAAUCUGGAGGGAAAAAGCAUUAAGAUAAUGGGUUAUGAUUUCAACCAAGGAGUGGACUACUCUCAGCUUCUCAAAUCCAUGGUCUCUACUGGCUUUCAAGCUUCAAAUCUUGGAGAUGCAUUUGAUAUAGUUAAUCAGAUGCUUGAUUGGAGGCUUUCUGAUGAAAGUAUAACAGAAGAGUGCAGUGAGAAAGAGAAGGAUCCUGCUUAUAGAGAGUCAGUGACAUGCAAAAUAUUUCUGGGUUUUACGUCCAAUCUCAUUUCUUCUGGUGUUAGAGAAACUAUUUGCUAUCUUGCUCAGCACCACAUGGUUGAUGUAAUGGUGACAACAGCUGGUGGCAUAGAAGAAGAUUUCAUAAAAUGUCUUGCACCAACUUAUAAAGGUGAUUUUGCCCUGGCUGGAGCUCAGUUAAGGUCGAAAGGAUUGAACCGCAUAGGUAAUUUGUUGGCGCCUAAUGACAACUACUGCAAAUUUGAAGAUUGGAUUCAACAAAUUUUUGACCAGAUGAUGAAGGAACAAAUUCAAGACAAAGUAAUUUGGACAUCAUCUAAGAUUAUUGCUCGCUUAGGAAAAGAAAUCAAUGAUGAGAGUUCAUACCUUUACUGGGCAUACAAGAAUAACAUCCCAGUGUUCUGUCCUGCCAUUACCGAUGGCUCAAUAGGGGAUAUGUUAUACUUUCACUCCUUUCGCAGCCCCCCAGGUUUGGUUGUUGACAUAACGCAAGAUGUCAGAGCCAUGAAUGAUGAAGCUGUCAAUGCCAGUCCGAGGAAAACAGGUAUGGUAAUUCUAGGAGGAGGACUGCCUAAGCAUCACAUAUGCAACGCAAAUAUGAUGCGCAAUGGUGCAGAUUUUGCCGUCUACAUUAAUACUGCACAAGAGUUUGAUGGGAGUGACUCUGGAGCCCGUCCUGAUGAGGCUGUAUCUUGGGGGAAAAUACGAGCCAAUGCUAAAACUGUUAAGGUACACUGUGAUGCUACCAUUGCUUUCCCUCUGGUGGUUGCAGAAACAUUUGCUCAAAGACAAAGCAAAUCCGUUAAGUCUAAGAGUGCCAACUCAAUAUUAGACAAUUCCAACGGGAUUAUGAAAUAGCUUCUUUCCGUAUGCUUUAAUUGUAUGCAAGUCUGCUUUGUUUUAUAGUUCUGCUGGAACUUGAUCAUGGUCUUGAGAGUUGGGGGACUAUAAGAAUAAGUUAAAGUGAGCAUGAAAGAACUGUGAGAGCAAAUAUGGUUAAUUAGAUAAUUCAUGUCAUGUUUAUGAGUCAUUUAAUUGCUUGUAUUGUUGUGCUUCUGGAGAUAAAAAACUGUAAUUUCCUGUGGUGUUCAAGUUGUGACUAGCUAGUUUCUUUAUGAUCAAAGUCAAACCAUAUCUCACUAUGUCAAGAUCUACAUUACUACUAAAGGGUUUAAAACUGAUUUAGUGGAUUGUACUUGAAGAACACGAAAUAUGAGUAAUAAUGACCUUUU